AUGAAUAAAAAUUUAUUGAUGCUUGACUUGAGUGAUAAUUUAUUGACUCAUAUUAAAAAAGACACAUUUAUUGGUGUCAGAACAGGUGUAUUGGAUAUUUCAAAUAAUAAAAUUGUAGAAAUUGAUAAUGGUGCUUUCAAAGACAUGAAUCUCAAUCAUCUGUUCUAUUACAAUAAUAAUGAUGGAGUAUUUGUUAAUUCUCGUUAUUGGUAUAUUGAUGAUUCACAAAUUGAAGUUAAUUGUGCAACUCAAAAAACAUACAGAAUUUGCAUAAAGGGUGAAACUUUAUCAUCUGUUGACAUACCAAAUAAAUAUUCAUUUUCUAAAUCAUCAUUAACGUCUUUUGUCGGGUGGCUUAUAACAAGUGACACACUCGAAAUAUUUGACGAAAAAAUAUCGGCAAUGGGUAAAUAUAGUGAAUUUUUAAUUCAUCCUGAAUCAUUUGAAGGUUUGUUAAAUUUGGAAAAUUUGAUAUUAGAUGUUGGACCAAUUUCUCUCAAAGAAAAUCUAUUUGAUCCCUUAAUAUCACUAAAUUACUUGAAAAUUGAAAUUAAAUAUAAUCCACAAUCACCUUCGAAAUAUAUUAAUAAUGUAUUGAAAACUGUUCCAAGUAUAAGAGUAUUGGAAAUUCUCAAUAGUGAUUCAAUUAAUAUUUAUACAUUUUAUGGAAUGCAAACAAAAGCAUUGGAUAUUUCCUAUAAUAAAAUUAUUGAAAUUGAUAAUGGUGCAUUUAAAGAUAUACAUCUUGAUCAUCUUUAUUACCAUAAAAAUGUUGGUGUUUUUGAUAACACUAGAUUUUGGUAUAUCGAUGAUUCUCAAAUUGAAGAUAAUUGCUUACCAAGUAACAAACUUGAAUUCACUGGAGAUAAAAUAUCAUCAAUCAAUGAAUAUGCAUUUAAAGGAUCAAAUAUUCAAGUAUUUUUGAAAACAUUAAUCAUACGUAAAACAAUUAAAAGUGAAUUUAUCAUUCAUCCAAAAUCAUUUGAUGGUUUAACGAAAUUAGAAAAUUUAGAAUUAAACGUUGGACUGAUUCAACUAAAAGAAAAUUUAUUUGAUCGUUUAACGUCACUUAAUUAUCUUCGUAUUGAAAUUAAAUAUAAUCCACAAUCACCUUCGAAAUAUAUUAAUAAUGUGCUGAAAACUGUUCCAAGUAUAAGAGUAUUGGAAAUUUUGAAUAGCGAUUCGUUACCCAGUAACAAACUUGAAUUUAUUGGAGAUAAAAUAUCAUCAAUCAAUGAAUAUGCAUUUAAAGGAUCAAAUAUUCAAGUAUUUUUGAAAACAUUAAUCAUACAUAAAACAAUUAAAAGUGAAUUUAUCAUUCAUCCAAAAUCAUUUGAUGGUUUAACGAAAUUAGAAAAUUUAGAAUUAGACGUUGGACCGAUUCAACUAAAAGAAAAUUUAUUUGAUCGUUUAACGUCACUUAAUUAUCUUCGUAUUGAAAUUAAAUAUAAUCCACAAUCACUUUCGAAAUAUAUCAAUAAUGUGCUGAAAACUGUUCCAAGUAUAAGAGUAUUGGAAAUUUUAAAUGAUGUUUCAAUUAAUAUUUGUAAUAAUCCAAUAUCCAAUGAGAAUUCACUGCCAAUCACUGGACUUUAUUAUACAGGUGGUUCAAUAAUUACAUUACCAACAAAUGCAUUAAUUUGUUUAUGGAAUUUGGAAAAAUUGUCAAUAUCAAAAACACAAUUGACGACAAUUGAAGCUGGUGUAUUUGAUUCAAUGACCGUUCUCAAAUAUAUAUACUUGGCAUUCAACAAAUUAACUCAUAUUUCUACUGGUAUUUUUAAUAGUCUUAAUAAUUUAAUUACACUCGAGCUAAAUCAUAAUAAAAUUAUUGAAAUUGAUGAUAAAUCAUUGAUAAAAUCUGGUAACAAUAAUCUACAGCUUCUCAAUUUAAGUUAUAAUGAAAUUCCAAUUAUUAAAAAAGAUACUUUUGAAAGUUUUAAAUGCAGUCAGUUGGAUCUAUCACACAAUAAAAUUAGCCACAUUGAAGAUAAUGCAUUUAAAGAUACUGACAUUCACGAUAUAUUUUUAUUGAAUAAUGCUAUCAGUGAUAUAAAAAUUAAAGCCUGGAAGAUUCCUUUAUUUACUUUUGUUCAUGUUAUGAAACCAUCGUAUUUCAUAUCAUUCUGUUCAGGAAAACGAACAAGAGUUUGUGAUCAUUCAGGAUCAUGUGAGUUCAAAUGCAUUGAUUACAAUUCCAAUCCACCAGGAUUAGGAUAA